AUUUUUAACUUGCGUUGGGGCAGAAGAACUGCAAUUGGAUUAGAGAAUCAGAGAAGGGACUGAUUCCCUAACUCAUACAGCUGAUCUUCUUGCAUGCUGACUGAAAAGCUUCAUAUGGCUUCCUUUAUUUUAUUUUAAACUGAGCAUUUCUUGUGGAAUAUCCUAUUUGGAUUUAUUUUUAAAUGAUCUUUAAACAAACCUGAAACAAAACUCUUCAACUGCUUCGUUGGCUAAGGAUCUGACAUAAUGGCGUCUAUAGCUCCCAAGUUGAAAGUGCUGAAAAAGCGUCGCUCCAGUCUUUUUGCAAGCGUAAAGCGGGAUGUCAGCUUUUCACAGAGCGCUGAUGAAGAAGAGCAUGACUUCCCUUUUUCACAGGACAGCUCAGUGAAAGCGUGGACUUCCAUGGACAACCUUGACAACCCUGACAGGAAAAAAGAACAGAAAAAAAAUGUACCAAAGCUGUACCUAAGGAGACCAAACAUUGUCAAUCUGAAUGUCGGCGGAAAGGUGUUUCACAUCCCCAAGCAUUUAGUCAUCAGAUAUCCGACGACCAGAAUUGGAGUCCUUGCUCUCUGUGAGGAUCCAGGAAAGCUUUUGGCGCUCUGUGACGACUACAAUGUUCAGAACGACGAGUUCUUCUUCGACAGGGACCCCAUGUUUUUCCAUUACAUAUUUCACUUCUAUUGCAGCAAUGUCCUCUGGGUGAUGGACAGUCUUUGCCCUGUCAACUUUGAAGAAGAGCUGUCGUUCUGGGGGCUCAAACUGAAGGACACUCCAAGGUGCUGCCGCAUUCUGUUUGAGGAGAAGGUGGAUGACAUCAGAGACCAGCUGAAGGUCAACCAGGAGCUGAUUGACGAGAUUAAGCCUCACCACGAUGACCAAACUUACAAGAGAAUGUUUCUUGGGAACUUCCGUAAAGCCCUCUGGGACCUGAUGGAGAAUCCCUACUCCUCUCUAUCAGCCAAAGCCUUCGCUGUGUUUUCCAGUCUCUUUGUUCUUAUCUCUAUUGUUGCCAUGACGAUGAAUACAGUCAAGGAACUUCGGUAUUACAAAUUAGGUGGCAAAACCUACAUGGAGUGGGUGGAAGUUUCUUCCAUCCUCUUCUUCACUUUGGAGUAUUUUUUGCGGUUAGUCACCACAUCCAACAUCAAACAUUUCCUCAAGAGUGCCCUUAACUUUGUUGACGUCGUCGCCGUCAUGCCCUACUUCCUCCAGAUCAUGUUUGAGACUUUUGUCAUAGAUUCAGAGGACCUGAGUGCACAGGAGGAUCUUAAGGCCAUAUCGAGAGUCAGCAAGGUCAGCAAGGUGCUCAAGGUGGUCAAGCUGAUGCGCAUCUUCCGCAUCCUGAAGCUCGCCCGUCACUCCACGGGCAUGAGGGCGUUCGGGUUCACCAUCCGCCAGUGCUCCGAGCAGGUCUGCUGUCUGUUCCUGUUCAUCGCCAUGGGCAUCUUCACCUUUUCUGCCCUGAUGCAUUCUGUGGAGGUGGAUCAGCCCGGGACGCCGUUCAGCAGCAUCCCGGACGCCUGGUGGUGGGCUGCGGUGAGCAUCUCCACAGUCGGCUACGGGGACGUGGUCCCGAUCUCCUACCUGGGCCGCUGCGUGGCGUUCGGCUGCAUCUCUUUUGGCAUCAUCCUUAAUGGCAUGCCCAUCUCAAUUCUCUUCAACAAGUUCUCAGACUACUAUGCGAAACUGAAGGAGCAGGAAUACACGUGUACCAACACUGAGCGCACCUUCAAGCUCAAGAAACGUCUGAGGCGUAAGUGCGACAACUGCUUCGCGCCCCAGCUGGAAGACUCUGACGAUGACAUUCACUAUCGACCCGGCGGGAGACAAGCCAACCAUGAGACGGAGGAAUGAGGGAAGCUGCGUCAGAGUGACUUUGCGAAGCCCAAAUGGCCUUAUCACUCGUGGGUUUGGAAAGUUUGUGACUUGUGAGUUUAACCACCUGAGGGGGGGAUGUUGAAGCAGUUCAGAUAAGAUUGAAGCUAUGCUUUACCAUCGGUACUGUUUGCACACUAUGGAUGAUGAUUCUUCUGUCAGACGGACAGAGAUCUGUCACCGGAUGUUUCUAAGAAUAGCUCCCGUCUGCUAUCAGUGCUGACCGAACUGAGAUAAAUGAUGGGGACAAAGGGGUCAAGCUGUAACAUGAUUAAUGAUGCUUUCAAGAGGCUGUGACGUGAUCGUCUCUGUUUUGGACAUCUACGAGGCAUCUUCCACCUAUAUCACUGAUACUCUGGACAAAAAAAACAGCACUACUUUGAGUUUGUGACAUGCCAUUAACUGAUUGCACAUGAUGGUGACUUCUGUUUGUUGUCGUUCCUUUUUUUAGUUUGAGAGUUAUAGAUAUAGAUGUAGAGUUAUUUCCAAAGGAUCAUUGCAAAACUCCUCCACAUGGCAUGCACUAUAUCACCUAAAAAGCACUUUUUUUCACCCUAUUUUCAAUGUGGCACAUGAUGUCACCUAAGUGGGAUAGGUGCAUGGGUGUCAGUUCAGGAGCCACUGUUUGACUUUGCUCUCAGGGAUUACCGGGAUUUUCUCUUGUACCUCCUGUCUCGGUGAAAGUCUCUCAUGCACUGUGCUAUUUUUGUGGCACAGAAUAUCUGAUCGUGUGCAAGCAAUCGGGCUUUAAUUGAGGACUUAAAGGGUACCUUAGUGUACGUCAGUUUGCUUCAUGCUUUUAUUCACACUUACAUACUGUAUGGACGGUGGUAGUUCUGUAAUAUUAAUGCUCCGUGUUCAGCAGGAAGAGGUCUGAACAAGUCUGGUCUUAUCAGGCUGUCUGUGUGUCGUGCUGCUCUCUGUGUUUAACUGUUCUCCUGAUCUUUAAUCCAUUAAGACCUGCUGCAUCAUGUGAGUGGACCCCCACCCAUGUUUAAAGAGUGUAUCAGGUCUUUAUAUGCUGACCAAAACCCACGAUCUCUGUUUCAUUAUGUAAACAUUAUCAUUUAUUGUCACUUUCUGUUUCAAAACCUUCAUAAACUGCUCUAAUAUUCACCAGGCUUCACACAGUUAACACGUCACCUAACUGUGGCCAUGCAGAUCGGCUGGGAAACAUGACUGUAACAUUACUGAUGUUUUAUCCACCUUGACCUCUUUUAGAGAACUGAGACAGUAAUUAAACAGUCUAAAGUACUUGUACAUUUUUUCUCAUGUUAAAUUACAGUAACUGCAAGAAGAUACACAUUUAUAACAAGAUAUCCAGAUGUUUGGUUUGGGUAGAAGCUGCACUGAUUUAGAUGUGAGAAUAAGUAAUGAUAAUAAUAAUUAAUUAUUAUAAUUACAGAUUUCUUUUCAGCGUUUUGGUGCAUGUGUGGUAUAUUUACUUUCUUGUUUAAAAAAUGUCUUCAGUUGUUGUAAAAACUCAUAUACAAGUACUGUGUAAUGACUGACCGUGUUGUUCUUACAUGAGUUUAUAGUAACACAGCAAAU